AUGCGGGCGCGGGUGCUGUGGGCCUGGCGCGGCGCGUGGGGCUGCGUGCGCGGCCAUGCCGCGGGGGCGGCGCGGCGGGGGAGGCCGCCCUGGCGGGUCCUGUUCUUCGGCACCGACGGCUUCGCCGCCGAGACCCUUCGCGCGCUCCAGGCGGCCCGGGAGCCCAGAUUCGGCCCGCUCGUGGACUGCCUGGAGGUGGUCACCCUGCAGUCCCGGCUGGCAAAGGGAUUGCCUGUGCAGAACUGCGCAGAGCAGUUUCAGCUUCCCGUCCACCUCUGGCCAGAUGUGGGGCUGUGCAAGCACUUUGAUGUCGGUGUGGUGGCAUCCUUCGGGCGCAUGCUGAGUGAAGACCUCAUCCUGAGCUUCCCAUACGGAGUGCUGAACGUCCACCCCAGCUUCCUUCCAAGGUGGCGUGGCCCUGCGCCGAUAACCCACACAGUGCUCCAUGGCGAUGCAGUUACCGGCGUCACAAUUAUGCAGAUCAGGCCAAAGAGGUUUGAUGUAGGUCCAAUUAUUAAGCAGGAAACAUUUGCUGUCCCACCCCAUUGCUCGUCGAAAGAGUUGGAGUCAAUGUUAUCAAAACAGGGCGCAGACAUGUUGAUUGCUGUUCUGCAAAAUUUACCUGAAAGUUUAAGGAACAAGAGAGAGCAACCAAAGGAAGGAGUCACAUUUGCCCCGAAAGUCAGUGCUGCAAUGAGCUGCAUUCAGUGGGAGGAGCAAAGCGCGGAGCAGGUGCUGAGGAUGCAUCGUGCGCUGGGAGAAGUGAUGCCCUUGCAAACCUUGUGGAAGGGUACUCCUGUAAAGCUGUUGGAUUUCGUGCAAGUGGAGGCAUCACCUGACUUUGCUGACAGGCUGGCGAAGGAAGAUGAGGCCGUUCCAGGGUCACUGUUCUACCACAAACAGCUGCAGACACUGGUGAUCCGCUGCAAGGAUAGUUGGGUUGGAGCCAAAGGCAUAAUACUCAAGAAGAAGCUGAGUGCUGCUGAUUUCUACAAUGGCUAUCUGCAUCCUUGGUUUGAGCGUAAAUCUGAAAUGCCUUCUGGGAAGUGCAGGUUUCAAACUCUCAGGCUGGCCACAGCAAAAAAGACCCAGCGAGGAGCAGUGCUGCAGACACAGAGCGCACGGUAGCCGUGAGACCCGGCUUAAUUCCCGAAAGAGGCACCGCUUACGAAGCUUGGCAGGGUUGGAAACGUCUCAGCUUUGUGUCAGAUCUGCACCAAAACGCAGUGCUGGAAUCUCCCUGCAGAGGCUCCGUUUGAAACGGGUGGAAGGAAUGGAACUGUGGCCCUGGAACUGUGGUUGCACCACUCUGUCUGUAUGGAGUUUGGGCCAUCAAGUAGCUGUUCAUCCUCAGUACCUGGAACUGUGAAAUACGUUUUCAUCCCUGCCAAAGGGAUUUCUGGAUUCGUAUCCUGACUUCUCUUGUGCAUACAUCAUUUGUCUUUGCAUUCAGGGUCCAGGUUUGCGGAAUUAACCAGACAACGACGGCACGUUGAACAGUAAAUAAUUUGUGCACACGUGUUUCUCUGAAUGAAGUGCUGUGUGUAUCCUGCACACCCAAUGCAUUUUGGUGGGCCACACAUUAGACCUAUCGAUUCAUAUAAUUCUAUCCAUGUAAAACCAUAUAAUUCUGUCCAUGUAAAAGCAAAUCCUUCAUAUAUUUCCCACUCUAGAAUGCGGGUGGAAUAUUUCUGGCUUUCCAGUUGGAGGGCUCCAGCUCCCAUUAUUUCUAUCCCUCAGCUUGCUGGGGUUGAUGGGCGCCAGAGUCCAUGACAUACUUCCUAUGCUUUCUCUAGAAUGACCAGGAAUAGAAGAGCAAACCUGAUGGAAUGUUUAAAGACUGGACUGGCCAGGAGCAAGUUCAGCUUCCAUUCUGCAGGUGUCCUGGAGUAUAUAUUUUCCUGGAAGGAUUAAAUGGAACAACCUGUCUUACCUGGGCAAAAGCGCAGCAUUGCUGCUGGGGCCAGCACGUUCCUCUGACUUCCGCGUUGGCUGCCCAAGCCCUCGCUGUGCAUGGCAAAUAAGCCUUUCUGUGUUUGCCUGCCUAGCUCAGGAUUGCCUGCUCGUUGGCAUGGUGUUUCAGGGCUUUGGGGAGGGAGGCCUUUCGCGCCGGCCGGUCCUGGAGAUGCCAGGUAGUGCUCGUGGGACACCCCCCGUGCCAGAUGCAUACUCCGCAACCCCGCCGUGGUCUCUGCAAGUUGAGCAUGUCCUGUAUUCUCCCCCACAAAUCUCGAGCGAUAUUCCAUCCACCUGUCACGAUGAUGAGCAUUUUGCUCGUUUGUGUUGGUAAAAUAGUAGCUCGGCCUUUCUCCCUGGGGUGCCCUUUCGAUUGUUGGACUGUACCUCCCAGCAUUCCCCAGGCAGCACACUAGCUCUGGGGACUCUGGGACUUGCGGUCCCAGGACAUGGUGGGCGCCCAGUGCAGCACCAGCAAACCAGCAGGUGUCCCUGAGCUGUUGGGCAGCAUUACUGUUCUGGGGUAGUUUUUAUUUUUGGUAAGCAAAGAGCACAGCCGGGCUUUCACAGCAGGAGUUCGGCACUUUUGCUUACAGACUCGUCUUGGACGCUCCCCGUUUCCAGGAGCGAUGACCGAUGGGCAAGCUUGUUAAGUCUCUCUGGCAUGGUGAGGGCUGUCCAUGAGUCCUCAGGUGUGUUUAUUUAAUCUGGCUGUAAAAUUCUGCUUCAAAAGCCAGAGCUAAGAGACACCUCUUAGCACAUGGCCUGUAAGCUGCCCGUUUCUAAUGGUAGGAAAGGGCAGGCAGGAUGAGGCCCGUGGAGCAAAUCCAACCCUGCCUGCUCUCCUGUGGAGUUGAGCCAUCGUACGUCUCCAAGCAUCUGGAGAGAAGCGGGCUCAUUCCUGUUCAGCCGCAGAGCUCACAGAACGACGCUGAGCGAGCGUCUCGCCCUGACCCACCUCCCUGCAGGCUGUGAGAAUGAAAAGGGGGUGAACUUGAACUGCCUUGCACUCUUUCGGUGUGAAUGUGGGAUAAAAAUGCAUUGAAUCUGCUCAUUUUUAAAUGGAUGUUUCAAAUAAAUGCUUUAGGAUUGAACACAUACAACUGCACAGCAAAUACAGAAAUAAAUAUUAUUGUUCACAUUUCAA